UGUUUUCUUGGACUAGUCAACGAAAACAAACGCCAUUAAUCCAAUGACGUCCAAAUCAGCUGACCUAAAAGUGUUCAGACGCCCCGCGUCGUACGUCAUCGCCCAUGCAGUGACUGCGAGCCCUCGAGCAUCAAGGCCAGUCCCGUCAUUUCAUGCCCCACUCCUCCUCUUCUUCACCACCAUCGUCUCGUCUCUUUCAAUCCUCCAUUCCAUCUCGUCGUCCUCCUGCGGCUCUGUUUCUGUCCAGGAAACUUCUUCGGAGCCAUGGAUCCGGACACCUAUCUCAUCCCUUCGUCUCCCUCCAACGACUCUAUUUCCUCCUCCGAUCUCGACACCGAGUCAACGGCGUCCUUCUUCCCCGACCGGAGCACGACGCUGGGGAGCCUGAUGGGCGUCACCUACGCCGAGGCCGCUGCCCACUCGAUGAGGCUUCCGUCGUGGCGGGAGCACGGUGGCGGCGGAGGAACCUCCGCCGGGGAAGCGGAGAGGAGGCCGAAGCCGAGGGCAGCGGAGAAGCGGCGGCGGCGCGUCCGCUGGGGGAGGAGGCGCUUGUGGCGGCUGUGCGGGAACGACAUGGCGGGGCCGACCUCUCUGGGAGAGUUCCUCCAAAGGGAGCGGCGGCUGGCCGGAGGUAGCGACGGGGCGGAGGGGCUCUACGACUUCGGCGGCCCCGCGGAGCACGUGGCAGUGGGCGGCGAGGCUCUGUUCGCGGACGGGAGGGUGCUACCGCCUGCUCCGGCUGCGGAGCGACGACGGCGGCGUGUGGAGUAUUUGCGACGGCUCCGAUGCUGCUGCUCACCGGGAUCUGUGGCGGGAGGGAGUGGUAGAAUCGUGAUUUCGAGCUUCGUCCAGAUGGAAGGAAAAAGAAACGAUAAGAACAAUGUCUCCUUCAAGUUCCACACUCUGUUCUUUUCUUUAAUUUCCGCAAAAAGAUUUCUUUCCUAAGACCUUUUGGUUAUGAUGCAACAAGGGAGAAAGAAUCCAAAGGGGAAAUGAUGGAUUGGGAUCAGUGAGUAAAGAUAAGACAAGUGAGAGGAGUUCCCCCUGUGAUC